UUGACAAAUUGCCAAGUAUGAGUACUAUUGAUAGGAUGCAGAGAUUUUCAUCUGGUGCUUGCAGGCCAAGAGAAGAUAACAUGGGUAUGGGUAACUGCUGGAUUGAAGGAAGAACUUGCAGCACAUCCAAUAGUUGCAGUGAAGAAUAUGAAGGGUCUGCAGGAGAGGCAUUUCCAUGGGUGAGACACACAAGAGACUUCUCGCAGGGCGACACUGUAAACUGGAGAACUUCGAGCUUAGGCAGGAAUCCCAAGAUUUUCGAAAAUGGUUAUGAUUCAUGGUAUACUCCAGAUCAUCAAUAUAAUAGCAAGUAUAAUGACAAAGAAAAACAGGGUCUAUCAAACAAGAUAAGACUAUCGGCCCAAAUCAGCAAUGCUCCGAUAAUUCUCAACGUGGAUUGUGACAUGUAUUCGAACUACUCAGAAUCAGUGAGAGAUGCAAUGUGCUUCUUUUUGGAUAAAGAAAAGGGUCAUGAGAUUGCAUAUAUUCAGUUUCCACAGGCAUUUGAGAACCUCAUAGAGAAUGAUAUUUACAGUGGUUCCUUGAGACUUAUAAUGGAGGUUGAUCUUCGAGGAUUUGACUCUAAUGGAGGGCCUUGCUAUAUUGGCACCGGGUGCUUUUAUAGAAGGGAAUUUCUUUCUGUAAAAAAUACAACGAGGCAAGUAAUAAAGUAUUACUCGAAUGGAAAAGAAAGAAUGAAGAUAAGGGAAUUAGUGCAGAAGAUAAGCAUUUUACUAUGAGUUCAAAGUACAAUUAAUACACCAUUCAAGCAGCUGAACCAAUGGAAGAGUAGGAAGAAGUUUCACUAUACUUUUUUUAGUUUUUCAAAUAACAUUCCAUUUAUUAACACUUUUUUAAUAAUUUUUCCUUCUAUUUUAAGAUCGAACAUUUUCUUUAA